GUUAAAAUUGCACUGCUGUUGUUCGACUGUGGAACGGAGGCCGCGCGCGAACGCGUUCUUAGCGAGGAUUUUAUUGCAGAAGGCGAAGAGAGUUUGAUGACACUGAAAACCGAGUACUGGACAGAGGUCACUGAAAGUGUUAAGAUUCAGUUUUAUCUAGCCAGCUCCGAUCUAGAAUAUCGUAAAAGAAACUAUCUGGAGGCAGAGAGGUUCGCUAAUUUAGCGAAGGACAAGGCGGAAAAUUUCGGAUUCAAUACAGAAAUUUCUCAGGCAGAAAAACGUCUAGAUUACAUCAGUGUUGUGGCAAACAUUGGAAGGAAUGGAAACGAUUCACGACUCUUUACACCAACAUCCGUAGGCGAGAGUGAAGGAGAUGAUGGUGACAUCAGUUCGUCAGCAUCAGAAUCUGAUUGGUUGCAGAAUUUAAACUAG